CCGAUUGGAUCAACACUACGAAUGGUGGUACGUUUGAAAGAAGAAAAUUUAUCACACAAGAUACAUAUCACAAUAACUUAACAAACAUUGCUGAUUGUUGAUAUAUGAUGCAAGACUGAUGGAUGUCAUAGAAGACUUUCAAAACAUUCUACUGGCUGUACUAGACUAUCUGGGAAUAAAUGUUGAUGAGCUGGUGAGGAAUAUUCGACGCGAUAGGGAGAGAGGGGUUGGGAGACGGAGCCUGGUGCGGCACAUCGCAUCCAUCCUACCCCGCAAACCUGCCAGAAGAAUAAGAUUGCAGAGUCAUCUGCUUGGCCCAAGUCAGCUGGUGUAUCGUCAUGGCAGCACAGAGAGUAUUAACACUUGUUUCUCAUCUACCUCAUUUGCCUCUGAGGAUCUCCAGUGGGUGGAGGAGGACUGGGGAGAAAACUGCAUACACUACAGGGUGGAGAAGAAGGACAGUGAUGAGGAAUGUGAUGUCAUAAACGCUACGGAUGAUGCCACAUUCUUGAUACAGCGGAAGGAGAUGACGUCUACUCCCCUGAAUCAGUCGUUGUCGAUGUUGUCUAACAUGACGCAGGAUGCCAGCACAGUGUUGAAGCUGACAGCGAUGGAGGAGGAGUUGGCAGCACUACGCAAACAGAUAGCGCUGCUUGUACUCACACAGGAGACAAAUAAAUCUAUCCGAGCUGAUCCUGAAGGUGCCAGCAUAACCCUCCCAGCAGUGUGUGCUCCUCCUGCCCCUCCCCUGCCCCCUUCUGGUCCCCCACCCCCUCCUCCUCCACCCCCUCCUCCUCCACCCCCUCCACCGCCUCCCUCCACCCCUGUGCUUGGUACAAAGUCUAAAGCAGGCGGGAUGUCACUAGCAGCUAUGCUCAAACAGCAAAAGUCCGGUCUCCAGGUGGCAGGUGAUUCCGAUCGCCCUGACAACAGUACCCAGGCGGACGGAGUGCCCGACAUGUCACAGAUCCUCAAGGGGCUGGGAACAGUCAAACUGAGGUCCAUCAAAAGAUCUCCAGGGGGUACGCCGCUACGAGGGAAGCCCAACUCGGACUCACUGGACCCUGCUUCUAUCAUAGCUCAAGCACUGAAGAAGAAGUUUGCUCAUCGCAGGUUGUACAGCCCGGAACUCGACAAGGAGAACAACCCCGACUUCAGCUCUCCGGAGAUGAGCCCUAGACUGCCAUUCGGUCAGCAUAUUCUCAAAAAGACAAGACGAAGAUCAUCUCUAGUGAAAGACACCACACCAAAGAAACGAUCUUCCCUCUCAAGGGAUGGAACUCCUAAGAAGAGAUCUUCACAUACGACCUUGACUCCCACAACUCUGAACUCUCCUGCCUCCACACCCACUAACGACUCCUCCGCCUUCACAGACACCACGCCUGUGGCACAGAGCUCCCCCAUCCUGAAGAUCCGGAACUCAUAAUUACUAUGUACAGAGAACAACAGAAUAUUGUGAUAUGGCCUCAGUUGCAACAUGUGUCCAAGGUAGACAUCGAGCACUCCUUCCAAGUCUGGUUAUACACAAAAUGAGGCCUACAUUAUUGCGCUGUGGCUCUUUUUGACAUGGUCAUGUGUUGCUUCAGGUCUUCCAGCCUUUGGGUGCUGCUCAAUGGCUUCCUUUAGUUAGUUUUAAAGAGAUACAUGUAUGUCUCACUGAAUGAUACCUGUUAAUGUGCAUGAUAAUGAGUGCUGAGGAUACUGGCUCUGUAAGUCAAGGACCCAUACUUGUCAUUUCCUCGAAAUUAUAUAUUCUUUGCUAGUUUUUAUGUUUUGUUGUGGAGAUACUAUGUUAUUACUGCCUGUGAAAUUCAUCAUAGUUCGUGACAACUAAAUUGUGCUGAGGCCAUGUAAAAAGCCAUUGAUGGUAGUCCUUAUUGGCUAGCAGCAUUUGAGGGCUAUAAUUCUGAACCAGUUCUCAAUGCUUCAAUUUUGCUACGAAUUGACAAGACAUGUAAGCAUGGUAAACAUGUAUGUCUUGUUCAAGCAGGAGCAGCCACCAACUCAGAGGACCAGACAAAUUUCUAAGGCUGUAUAGAAAUGAUAUUGUGAGUUCAUAGCAGUAAAAAACAAGUGCUCGAACAGAACAUCUCUUUAUUUUCUUAUUCUUUUAUUGGUAGGCUGUGGGGGAAGUGGUGGUUUGUCCCGACAUGGUCCUAGGGUGGUCGGUCCCACACACAGGCAUAACGAGUGAAGCUCAUUCAUGGGGCUGUCGCUGGAAUAUUUCAUUGCCAAAACCUUGCUCAUUUUUUAUUUUUUUUAUGGAAUCUGCAGGAACUGAUGCAGGUGAAAUAAACAUGCAGACAUUCUCUUAUCCAUUGUUGGUUCAGGUUACGAAAUCUAACAAUGUGAAUCAAAGCGUUUGUUAUUUAUGUAGAAGUGAGCCACUCCUGUGAGAUCUACUGAAUUUUCGUGCAUCAGAUUCGUACUCAUGAUGUUCAGUAUUGUGCUUGCUGCUGUAUGAAUGCUUUCAUAUAUCAUAUAUGCCACACAAGUCCUUCCUUUCACACUUCUCCGUCGGGUUACCAUGGUUACCGUGGUUACCAUGAUGAAAAUACAAAGCAAUUUGAGACUGAAACUGAACGAUAUUCAGUGUGAUUCAUGUUCAGAAUCAACAUGUCUGCAACUCUUCUCUAUGAAAUUGGAUAGUAUAUGACCUGUACCUUUUUGAAAAAUACAUAUAUUGUUGUUACCAUCUUUCAGAUGAAUACAUGGAUUCCUUCCUGCCACUGCACCCAGUAAUGCCCCCCUUUCACUACGACAACAAAUAUCCCAAAUCACCCUGAAUCAGAAACGUUCGAAAUUCCUGAUGAUUCUGCCAAUAAUGCAAACUUUUGUGGCUAAUCGGGUUGAAAAAUAUGAAGAAUGCCAGGAAUUCACUCUCUCUCACUCACUCACUCACCCACUCACAAUUGAUGACAUUACAUCCUGUGAACAAUUGGAUGAUUUUAGUGAAAUCUCUCUGUUGGGCUGAUACUUCUUUUAUUUUAUUUCCUUUCUUUCUUGAAGUGUCAAUGAGUAAUACACAGGAUAUCUUGCUCGAACCUCAGAAUUAAGGCGUAUCUGUUUCUCUGGAAUGAAUGCUGCAAUUCCCUCGCCACUGAUUGAGGCUUACACCAUUUCUUCACUCAGGACAAAUAAUCUGUAAUUCCUCAUAGGUCGUUGUUUCUCCUCUGAUUACUCCCUUGCUACGGAGUCUUGGGAAAGAUGUGGGCGCAGCAUAACAUCUCCUUGAUCACACACAUUUCAAAGACUGAUUGGGGAAUAGUUAACAUCAAAGUGAGCGACUUAAUAUAUAUUUAUGGGCCAUCAAAAACAAACGCGCCUCUGAUCUUGACCCUUAAUAUAUACCACUCAAACGAAGUUUAAAAAGUCCCGAAUUUUUCGUAUGACUAAUAAAUGUGUCAUGGCUGGUUGAUAUCGCAAAACCCAGCCUUCCAAUAGUCGGUGUUCUUUAACUUUUCUUGAGUAGUAUACUUCAGCAUUGUGAAAAUCUAGGCUCUCACAUGGUUGGUGCUCUCCUUAUACUCAAGAAUGUUUAUCACUACAUAGUAUAGUGGUGUUGGACCAGCACAAUCUGUGGAAUGGGACAAAUCUGUGUUCAACAUUGAAGGCUUGUUCUGCUCCUGCUGUUUGUGGGACAGGUACCUUGAUGUUAAUGGAUGGAAGUAUGUAUCUGUGUGUGCUUCAGCGUGCAAUAAACAAGUGGAAAUACAA